GUCGUGUCAGCGACACGGGAAGACAUUUUCCUAUGUCCGUCUGGACGGCUGACGUCGAGGUGUCAAGUCCGUCAAGAUCAAGACUACGUGCAAAAACAGUUGACUUGCACGUGUUCUCUAAUCUCCCAUAUUUAAUACUGAAUUGUUUUGUAGCAAGUUUUGGUCCUAUUGGAAACAAGACACGACUUGAACUAUCUACUUAUUUGACAUCUCUUCUUGAUCAACAUUGAAUUAUCCCAACAAUUUCAAGCAUCAUCACGAAUCGGACCUUGUCAAAAUGACGAGAGUUCUUCUCACUGGAGGAAGUGGCUUCAUUGCCACGCACAUCAUAAAGCUUCUUCUUGAGCGAGGGCACUCUGUGGUCACAAGCGUCCGAAACCAGGCCAAAGCAGACGCGAUUAAGAAGUCAUAUCCUGACGUCGGAACCGACAGGCUGUCAUUCGUCAUUGUACCUGAUGUAACCAAGAGCGAUGCAUUUACCGAUGCCGUCAAAUCUGACCCACCCUUUGAGGCAGUUAUUCACACUGCGAGCCCCUUUCAUUUCAACAAUGCCCCCUCAGUCAAGCGCGUGGUCAUCACAUCAUCCUUUGGUUCCAUGAUGGAUGUUUCCAAGGGUCUUUGGCCUGGUCACACGUACGAUGAGAGCGACUGGAAUCCAAUCACAAUGGAGCAAGCGUUGCAGAGCCCAGGCGCUGGGUACUCUGCGAGCAAGAAGUUUGCUGAGAAGGCCGCUUGGGACUUCCUUGCCAACGAGUCUCCUGCGUUCUCCAUCUCGACUAUCCUUCCACCCCUCGUAUUUGGCCCUGCUGUGCACAACCUGGCAUCUCUUGAUGCUCUCAAUACCUCCAAUCAGUUCAUCCGCAGCUUCAUCUUAGGCGCGGCGAAGAAGGAGAUUCCACCCACGCAAAACGCCAUUUUUGCCGAUGUUCGAGACGUUGCAUUUGCUCACGUAGCAGCCAUGGAGAAGGCGGAGGCCGGCAACAAGCGCUUCUUCAUAACCAACGGCUACUGCUCAAACCAUGAGAUCAUCGACAUCAUUCGCAAACACUUCCCGGAAUACAAGUCAGCCUUGCCUUCAAGAUGUACCAAGGGCGGUGAACUCCCCAAAGAGGUGUACCAAAUUGAUACCACACGCAGCGUCGAGAUACUGGGCAUGAAGUACUCGGGGUUCGAAAGUUGCAUUGUGGAUACCAUCAGAUCUUUUUCUUCCAUCAAACAGUAA